AUGUUCUCCAGGGCGUUCCGGGUGAGAUCCAACACCGCCAUCAAGGGGUCCGAUCGGAGGAAACUCCGAGCUGAUGUUGCAGCAGCUUUCCCUAACCUUAGUGCUGACCAACUGACUGAGUUUAUUCCCAACAAGGAAGAGCUUAAUGUCAUCAAAAUAUACUCACACAAAGGGGAGGCUGUCACUGUUUACACCAAUAACAAGAACCCAAUCCUGUUUGAAAUUGAGAGAGCUCUCUAUCCAACAGUGUACACUCUGUGGCUCUACCCAGAUCUUCUGCCUGCUUUUUCAACAUGGCCUCCAGUGCUGCAGAAACUGGCAGGAGGAGCAGAUCUGAUGCUGCCAGGGGUUGUGGUGCCAUCUUCUGGCUUUCCUCAAGUGGAGCAGGGCACACUCUGUGCUGUCACCCUCUUGGGAAACAGAGCUCCAGUAGCUGUUGGAGUUGCCACUAUGUCCACUGCAGAGAUGCUGGCUGCUGGAAUGAAAGGGAAGGGGUUUGCUGUGCUGCAUACUUACAUGGAUCACCUCUGGGAAUAUGGUGACAAAUCUUAUCCUCCUACCUUAGCUCCCUUGGUAACAGGCUCUGCUGAGAAGGAGAGCACUGAAGAUGAGGAAGAAACAGAGGGGACAGAGCCUGGCAGCAGCUCCACUGACCCACUGCAGCACGUGGACAUUGGUGAUCUGAGCCUGAAGGAAGCACUGGUAGGAAAGGAGGAACUCAGUGAGAACAGAGCUGCAGAAACAGCUCAAGAUGCCAGCACAGAGGAGGCUGAAGACAGCAGGACUCCACAAGAGCAAAUGGAUGCACUGUUUAAUCAGUGCUUUUUUCAUGCCUUAAAAUGCAAAGUGAAGAAGUCAGAGCUCCCUCUGCUCACCAGCACUUUUCUCCGCAGCCAUAUGUUCUCCUGCUGCCCUGCUGGACAACAACUGGACAUAAAGAAAUCCAGCUAUAAGAAGUUCUCUAAAUUCCUGCAAUGUAUGCAGCACCAGAAGAUCUUACAAGUGAAGGAGCUGAACAAAGGUGUGGAGAGCAUCGUGGAAGUGGACUGGAAGCAUCCAGAUGUCAGAGCAUUUGCAGUACCUGAAGGAUUUGCUUCAGCCUCUUCUGCCCAAGACAGCAGGAGUGAGGAGAGAGAACAGGGCUACCAUGCUCCUGAAAUCAUUCCACUUUAUGGGGUCUCAACAAAAAUGAUCCCUCUCUUUCAGGAGUCUGGACACAAGAAAGGCAGCAUCCUCUCAAGCAGUGAGGUGAGGAACAUCAUCAUUAACUAUGUGAAGGCCAACGAGUUGGUGGAUGAAACAAACAAAAACUUUGUAAAGGUCAAUGCCAUCCUGUGUGACUGCCUGCUGGAUAAAUCAGAACAAGAUGAAAUCUCCAGCCUUAAAUGGGAUGACCUCUUGAGCAGGUGCCUUGAAAGGCUCCAGCCCUUACACCAGGUGACAUUUUAUGGACAAGAACCUGUUGUGAGGAAAGGAAACAUUGAGCCCAUCGACAUCACCAUAGCACAGAGGUCAUCAAACAAGAAGGUGACAAUCAUCAAGAACCUUGAGCUGUAUGGUUUAGACCCACAGUGUGUGGCCAACAUUCUGCAACAGAAAGUCCAAGCCAGUGCCACCAUCACCCCAGUCCCAGGAACGAAAGACAGAGUUCAGGUCCAGAUCCAAGGCAACCAAAUCCAUCACCUGGCCAAGAUGCUGCUGGAAGAAUACAAACUACCUCGGAAAUACGUUCAGGGCCUGGAGAAGGCUCCAAAGCUUGGCCGGAAGAAGUGAGAGGAGGAACCUCCUGGAAGAAUGACUCACAUCUCCUGAUUUAAACAAGGAUCAGGGCAGUCCAAAAUGACUCCUGGAUGUUUACAGCUCUCAGAUUCACCCAAAUAAUAAUAAUAAUAGUAACCAAUAAUCUUG